CGGAUCUAUUUUGUGAUACACACAAGAACCGGAAGUGAAUCGUUUAUCAUACUCGUGCAUGAGCUUGUAUACAACAAACAUAGCAGGGGGAUAAAAUCAUUGAAAUAAUUCAUUUAGUGCAUUUAGACUUCUCAGCAGGAUAUGUCGGACAACGAAGAUAAUUUCGAUGACGGAGAUUUUGAUGAUGCCGAAGAGGAUGAAGAAUUAGAUGACUUGGAAAACCCGGAAGAUGAAGAUCAAGAGAAUGUACAAAUCGUACCAGCCGGCGAGGGCCAGCAGGCCAACCAGAAGAGGAUAACGACAUCAUACAUGACAAAAUAUGAGCGAGCCAGAGUUUUGGGAACAAGAGCUCUCCAGAUAGCGAUGUGCGCACCCGUCAUGGUGGAACUGGAAGGAGAAACGGACCCCUUACAAAUUGCCAUGAAAGAGCUCAAGUGCGGAAAGAUCCCCCUCAUCAUCCGCCGAUACCUUCCAGAUGGGAGUUAUGAAGACUGGGGCUGCGAUGAGCUCAUCAUUAAUGAUUAAGUCAUUUGCAAGCCAGCCUUCCUUCUACCAGCAAAUGCCCACUGGAGGUGCUGUUGUCUUUGUUCAUUCUAACUCUCGAGCAACUCUGUGUAAAUGUAUCAAAGAAGCGUCCUCUCUCGCCACUUAUAUUGAAUUGAAUCCAUUGUAUCGUCUGUUAAAAUCACAUUUGGAGGAUGUUCUUCAAAUUGGGGAAAGUACCGUACUGUUUCUUUUAGAGAAUAAAGCCUGUAUUUUUUAAAUGUUAUUUUGCCCAAAUGUGAAAUUGCAGUUUUAUGUUUUGAAUAAACCUGUUUUCAAGUA